GGGAGCCGCCGUCCCGCCCCUGCGCGGCGCUCGGCCCCCUCGGGCUCCGCGCGCGGCUACAACCUGGGCAGGGCGCGCUCCGCGCGUCCGGCAUCCCGCAUCCUGCAUCCCGCGUCCCCGCGGCCGGGCAUGUAGCAGCGGCAGCAGCGGCGGAAUAUGGGCGGGAACCACUCCCACAGGCCCCCCGUGUUUGACGAGAAUGAGGAAGUAACCUUUGAUCAUUUUCAGAUUCUGCGGGCCAUUGGUAAAGGGAGUUUUGGAAAGGUAUGCAUCGUGCAGAAGCGAGACACUAAGAAAAUGUAUGCAAUGAAGUACAUGAACAAGCAGAAGUGCAUCGAGAGGGACGAGGUUCGGAAUGUCUUCCGGGAGCUGCAGAUCAUGCAGGGGCUGGAGCACCCGUUCCUGGUCAACCUGUGGUACUCCUUCCAGGACGAGGAGGACAUGUUCAUGGUAGUGGACCUGCUCCUUGGGGGAGACCUGCGCUACCAUCUGCAGCAGAAUGUGCAUUUCACAGAGGGGGCUGUGAAACUCUACAUCUGUGAGCUGGCGCUGGCCCUGGAGUAUCUUCAGAGGUACCACAUCAUCCACAGAGAUAUCAAGCCAGACAACAUCCUGCUGGAUGAACACGGACAUGUUCACAUUACAGACUUCAACAUAGCAACGGUAGUAAAAGGAGCAGAGAGGGCUUCCUCCAUGGCUGGCACCAAGCCCUACAUGGCCCCGGAAGUAUUCCAGGUGUACCUGGACGGAGGCCCCGGAUACUCGUACCCUGUCGACUGGUGGUCCCUGGGCGUCACCGCCUACGAGCUGCUGCGGGGCUGGAGGCCAUACGAAAUCCACUCGGCCACGCCCAUCGAUGAAAUCCUCAACAUGUUCAAGGUGGAGCGUGUCCACUACUCCUCCACGUGGUGCAAGGGGAUGGUGGUCCUGCUGAAGAAGCUCCUGACCAAGGAUCCUGAGUGCCGCCUCUCCAGCCUUCGUGACAUACAGAGUGUGCCCUACUUGGCUGACAUGAACUGGGACGCAGUGUUCGAGAAGGCGCUGAUGCCCGGCUUUGUGCCCAAUAAAGGGAGGUUGAACUGUGAUCCCACAUUUGAACUUGAAGAAAUGAUUCUAGAAUCCAAGCCACUUCACAAAAAGAAGAAGCGGCUGGCAAAGAACAGAUCCAGGGACGGCACGAAGGACAGCUGCCCGCUGAACGGACACCUGCAGCAGUGUUUGGAGACUGUCCGGAAGGAAUUCAUCAUAUUCAACAGAGAGAAGCUCAGGAGGCAGCAGGGACAGGGCAGCCAGCUCUUGGACACCGACAGCCAAGCUGGAGGCCAGGCCCAAAGCAAGCUCCAGGAUGGAUGCAACAAUAAUCUCCUCACCCACACCUGCACGCGCGGCUGCAGCAGCUAAGCCCACACAUGUUGCUGCCCAACGGGACUGCACGCGUCUCUGCCCUGCCCACCCAGAGCCCCUCUUGUGCCCUGAUGGUCCCUGUCUCAACCCUGAAAACAUCAGAUGCAGAAAGAGCCCUGGACUUGGAGCUGGGAAGCCUGGGUUCUGGUCUCAUCUCCCAGACUGAUUCACUGUGUGACCUCAGACACGUCACGCCCUCUCUGUGCCUCAGUUUUCUGCAUCUGCCAAUGGGGUUACACACUUCUGCCCCACGUCAAAUUACAAGAGUAUGGGGAGAGCCCAAUUAGGUAGGAAACAUGAAAAAUCUUUGAUAUUUAUAAAAUCAUUUUUACGUAUAAAUAUAACCUUAAUAUUUGAAGUGAACCCCCCUUCCCCAAAGCAAUUAAACAGUCAUGACUUUGCAAUUUGGCACAUCCUAGCUUGUUAGAGGGCACUUUUGAAAUCCACAGCCCUCACAGCAAAAUACAUGUCUGAUAUGUUUGCCCCUUCCAAGGAAAUCAUGCUCCCAAACCCUGGAGCAAAACCUGAAGUGUCUUCAUGUGCAUUCUCUGGCAGGCCACAGUCUUUCUGACCUUGUAAGAUGGUGCAGCAUGCGGACCGGCCUUGUCCCCAAGGUCUCAGCGCUGCAGCUGCACUCAUUCACAGAAGACUGUCCCUACUUUUUAGCCUCAGCAGUCCUCACCACCACCAUAUCCCCAGUGCUGGGAAGGCACACAGGUGUCCAUUUAGGUGAGGAGAGUCAGGUCACAGAGCACUGGUUUCUCCUAGAGUGUAAUCAGCACCCCAUCCAACCUACCCAAAAGCCCAGACCUGCAGCAGAACUCUCCAGCUCUAUCAGCUUGCGGGGUUUUCUCUCCUGAGAAGGGUGUAAAAUCAGCUUGUCAGCAUCUUCUUACAGAGAGUACCUAACUGAUGCUGGUGGGGUGGCUCCCUAUUUGUACAUUAGGAAGCAUGGAUGCUUAGAAAGCUUAUUUCAGGAGGAAAGGAGGUUCACACAAAGAGCAAACUACUUUCUGAUCUGGACAGGGAGAAGCUUGCAUUUGAAUUGGAAGAAGUUGGGGAUGAGCAGGGAAAGCUUAGACUUUGGAGUCAGGUUUGUGUUCAGAAUCCAGCCCUGCUGGCUGCUAACUGGGAGACUUCUGGCAAAGCGUGCAUCGCUCUGAAUGGCAGUUUCCUCAUUUUUAAGCUGGGAGGGCUAAAUAAGAUCCUGUGUGCAACCCCAAGCAUUGGAUGACUCAUCGAAUGACCUUUUGUGUCAGCGUAAUCUUCAUCAUUAUUUAGAUACUUUCUUCCUUCACUCACUUGGCAGGUCAGUUUUCUGUGCAAACAAGCCUCCUCUUUAGGAUUCUUCCAAAUGUUCUUCCUCUGAUGUUUGUUAUAUCCUGCUGAAAUUCCACUGUGUUUUUAUUUUGUCAUUCAGCUUCCAUUUCUUCACUUUUUACUUGAUUACGCAAUCCUUGGGGCCGUCCACGUCAUCUCUUAGAUUUCUUAAAAGACAUUUUAAUGUAUGGUGAGAUUUUAUAUUUUUACUUUUUUAAAAAAAAGAAAUGGUCAUUGUUUUCUUCCUUUGAACUUAGGCUAUUUCCGGAUGUGUGGUCCACGUAAGUUGACUUGUUUUCCACGCCUUUUUUACUCCGUUUCCUCAUCAGCACCAUCCUGAUCCCCAUCUCCCCCAGGAAAUAACGGGCCUGCCCCUCUCCUCACUGUGAUGCUGGAGGCUCUUAAAAAUUUUUUUUUAAAUUGGGCUGAGUUCAUGAAUUAGGGACAGGCGCUGUAAAUAGCCCUAGGAACACUGGAUUUCCUGGUUCUGUUCAAGUUGGUGUUUCUUGUUUGGAAUAAACUAUUUCUUGGACAUUC